AUGACGCUCACAGUGGCGUUGCUGUGCCGGCGCAGCGUCGCCAACGAGCACGCGAGUAGCGUCAUCGCGCCCUCCACCCACACGAAGGCGGAUGCCCUCGCGAGACGGAUUGGCGAGACGAUGGAGGGUCUUGUGGAGGUCUGCAGGCCGGAGAAAUUAGCCGACCUGCGAAUUACCGGGCUGGACGAGUCCGUCACGACGGAGGAGCUGUUACAGGCGGUGGCGAAAAAGGGGGGCUGCCGGCCCUGUAAGGUGGAAAUAGGGAAGAUCCUCCCCGGACCGGGAGCCACAGGGUUCGCCAAGGUGCGAUGCUCCGUAGACGCCGCAAAAAAGGUGGCGGAGGGCGACAGGCUCAAGGUGGGCUGGAGCCUUGCUCGCUUGACGGUCCUUGGCUUGUCCUACGCACUGCUUUAA